AUGACUACGGAUUCAAACACUUUUAAGUCAAAUCACACUGGACCUGAUGAGGAUCAAGCAAAGAAGCUUCGAAGAGCUUGCAAUGUCUGCCAUCGAAUGAAACUACGCUGCUCAGGAACAAGUCCCUGUACUCGCUGCAAAAAGGCGGGGUCCGAAUGUGUGUACUCCUUUGCGGCCAAGAUCGGCAAGCCUAAAGGCAGUCGAAAUAAGAAGACAUUGGAAAAAUUACAUCAAAUGAAUGAAACUAUUGAGGGGACUAAAUUUCAUCAUCCGAUCAUAUCUACUCCGGUGACCGAUCGCUCCGUUUCUCUCGAUUGCGAUUUUGAUGACGAGGAAGUAUCCGAAGACCAGGAUAACAUUUUGAACCUUGACACUUGGAUGUCCGAUCACACUUUGGUUUCCUUAUCGGAUGUGGAGUUUCCUGUCGAUAUCGAGGCUUUGAAAGAAACCGCAAUGUGGGAUAUGACAGAGAAUGCACAAACGACACAAUUAGAUGGUACAAGUCAACGGGAUACCCAAACUAGCUGCUUCUGUCUUCAGCAUCAGUUCGAAUCACUUUCCAAACUUAAAGCUCUGGAGCAAAGCUGUGGACCAGUUCAAGCGGACACAGAUUUUGCAACAACUUUGAACGCACUGACGGCUACUCAAACCGUUCUUAAUUGCGACCGGUGUCAGGAGGACUCGGAGACGAACAUGUUAGUGACAAUGGUGGUAGAUUUGGCGUUUCGCCGCCUUCAGAAUUUGACUGCCGCCAUGCCAGACGGCUUAGUGGAGCUCCGACUCAGCCUCGGAGGCAUACAGAUGGUCGAGACUGAACCAUUAUCAGCAAUGCGCAAGACAAUUGUCACAUUAGCUCGCGACCAGGUUGAGAAAGUUUUUAUUGCGAUGCGAACCCGUGUCAGUCAACUAAAUGCGCGGGCAAAGGAAACGACUCAGAAAGAUGUCGAUAAAAUGAAUGCUAUGAAGUUGCAAUUGACUUUGAUGCGCCUCGAGAUGAUGUUUACGGCCCUUCAGACGAUUCUAAAAUAG